AUGUUCUUUCUCCAAGAGCUCGAGCACCGCACGGAGCUGCAUCCGUCCUACUUCGGCCCGUCAAUGAUCGAAUUCCUCGAUCAAAAGCUCAGAGACGACGUCGAGGGGACAUGUACGGGCAGAUAUGGCUACAUCAUCAAGGUCAUCGGCAUCAAGGAGGUGGGACAGGGCAAGGUGAUGCCAGGGACGGGUCUGGCGCAAUUCACGAGCACGUACCAGGCCAUCGUGCUCCGGCCGUUCAAGGGCGAGGUGGUGGAUGCCAAGAUCACCAACGUCAACAAGAUGGGCUUCUUCGCCGAAGUCGGGCCGCUCAAUGUCUUUGUGUCGUCGCACCUCAUCCCGAUCGAGUACAAGUUCCAGCCAGAGUCGAACCCGCCAGAGUUCGUAUCGGCACACGAUAACCUGGUCAAGGGACGCAAAGUCAGGCUCAAAAUCGUCGGUACGAGGGUGGACGCCAACGAGAUUUUUGCCAUCGGGACGAUGAAGGAGGACUACCUCGGUCCCUUUUAG